AUGGAUGACCCCAGGGAGAUUUUGGCAAGCGACAAGUUUAACAAUUUGUCAUCAGAUGGGGAAGAAGCGGUGGAACUUGCUAAACAGAUUGAUGAGAUCGAAAGACAAAAAAAAGAUCUCUUAAGAAGAUUACAGCAGAAGAAAAGGGUGGUAAGAGUAGCAGAUCCCAACUUUCAAGAGAUUCAGAUCGAAAGUUCGCCAAAGAAACGAAAACAGGAACCCCAAAAGGCUGGUUUGACAAUUCAACCUAAAAUCGAAGUACAGAACGUGAACGAGUCGAAGGUCCAAAAUGACCAACAACUCCCUUCAAAUAGCUCACCUUAUUUUGUGCAAAGAUACCGAAAUGCUAAAAGGGAAGAACAGAAGGAAUUACACCAGCGACAGGUAUUAUUGAGCUCUCGGGUUCACUCUUUCGCUGGCGUCGACGGUAAACAAAAGUCGAAAAGUGAACCGGUUGAUGAGCAAGACGAAUAUUCAAGUCUUUGGCUGAAACAAAGGUAUAUACCGAGAGAGAAUUUAAAAGAAGCUUUAUAUGAAGUAAAGAUCCUACGAUUAGGUAAGCUUUUUGCGAAGGUCAAGCCUCCUAAGUUCACCGAACCUCAGUAUUCUAAUUGGGUUACUGUUGGGAUUCUGAGUGCCAGAGGAGAAGUCAAGUUUACAACUGGCGAUAAACCUAAAAAAUUCUUCAAAUUUACUCUCACAGACUUUCAAUUCAAUCUAGAUGUAUUUAUUUUUGGGAAAGCAAAUGUUGAGAGAUAUUACAAUUUACGAGUAGGUGAUUUGGUUGCGGUCCUCAAUCCUGAAAUUUUACCAUGGCGUCCCUCCGGGAAAGGUGGAUAUAUUAAAUCUUUUAAUCUUCGAAUUUCUCACAAUUUUCCUUGUAUAUUAGAGAUUGGCGCCAGUCGAGAUCUCGGCUGGUGCCCUGUUUUUGAUAGAACCAAGAACAAACCCUGCGGAGCGCCUAUCAACAAAGCAAAAGAAAAGUGCUGUGACUAUCAUAAGGAGACCAAAUUUAGAACUACGAAUGCGAAGAGGGUAGAAUUGAGUGGUACACAUGCUCUUGGAGCACCAAUUAAAGUCGAUGCUCAACCUUCACUUUAUCGAGAUAAAUCUUCACGAUCAAAAAAUACAUUUAAGGUUAUGCCUAGUUGGUCGAACCGAGGAAUCAGUAAUCACAAUGAGCAAAGUAGUACUAAAGGUUAUCAUUUCAGCAAUACAAAUGCAGCGAAGGCAUUUUUCAGCGAGAAAUUUCAAAACCCUGACUUAUUGAAUAAUUUGGAUAGUAAAAGAAGAAAGAUUCAAGACGGAAAAAAAUCGCUACUAAUUGACAAAAAACUAAAAGGUUUAUUAAGCAAGGAUUUUUACUUUGGCACAGCAGACAAAAAUUCAGAGAGUGUUCUUCGAGCUACCGAAAGUACAUUGCAGAGUGGUUUAAUCCAAAGUGUUGGAUUUGAUCCAACCCAUGGAAAAAUGGCAGCCAUACUAAAACAGGGUAGUGGAAGAUUGGAAAAUCACAAAGAAAGCGGGAAACAAAUAGCGGUCACAGAUUUAUUGAAGGUAAAAAAGAAAAGCGUGAGCUUGAAGCCUUCACGAGAAAUACUGCUGGAGAAGAAACAUCACAGAGAUCAGGUAUGGCACGAACAUUUUGGUAAACAGUCCUCCAAAACUUCAAGUGACUCGGAUAGCGAUUUGGAGAUCAUAGGCUAA